GCUUAAGUUUGCUGCGGUCUCGUACUGGAGCAGACCGACGGCUUAGACUUGACCACGAUGACAGCCAUUGACAUCUGAUCUACUGCAGCUUCAGCUUCAAACCCCCACUGAAAAUUUGAUCUUCUCAAGGUGGGCCGUUCCAUUCCGUUGAUUCAUCAUACUAAUCCCCAUUUUCCCAGAUCAAAUAUUAACCCUCUUCAAAUCCAUAUCUAAAUCCCCUGUUUUUCUUGUUUUUAUUUUUGUUUCCGCCUCCAUGCCGGGUCUCGUCUCCGUCAAAACCCCGCCGGACACUCCGCCGCUACGGAUCUCCGUCCCCGACACGCCGCCGGUGUCGAAUCAUCGAACCCCAUCUCCUCUAACGAACAAACAGCCCUCUCCAUCUUCUUCCCGAUCUACGAACGGGAAGAAGAAGCUUCAACCGGAGAGUCCGACGGCGACCCAAUGUCCGCCGGAUUCUUCUCUCGACAACCCCGAUCUUGGGCCUUUUCUUCUGAAGCUCGCUCGCGACACCAUUGCCUCUGGUGACGGCCCAAACAAAGCCCUUGAUUAUGCGAUCCGUGCAUCGAAGUCGUUCGAGCGGUGCGCUGUGGAUGGGGAGCCGAGCCUUGACCUGACCAUGAGCCUCCAUGUUCUGGCUGCCAUUUAUUGUAGCUUAGGCCGGUUCGAGGAGGCGGUGCCGGUUCUUGAACAGGCGAUUCAGGUUCCUGACAUUGGAAGAGGGACGGAUCAUGCCCUUGCUGCUUUUUCCGGACAUAUGCAACUGGGUGAUACGUAUUCGAUGGUGGGUCAGAUCGAGCGGUCUAUUGGAUGCUAUGAAGAGGGCUUGAAGAUUCAGAUCGAAGCCUUGGGUGAGACGGAUCCCAGAGUUGGGGAGACUUGCAGGUAUUUAUCUGAGGCGCACGUUCAAGCAAUGCAAUUUGAUAGAGCAGAAGAAUUAUGCAAGAAAACUCUUGAGAUUCAUCAUGCACAUAGUGAGCCUGCAUCACUUGAAGAAGCAGCCGACCGCCGACUGAUGGCGCUCAUUUGUGAGGCGAAGGGCGAUUACGAACAGGCGCUUGAGCAUCUUGUCCUGGCCAGUAUGGCGAUGGUAGCAAAUGGGCAAGACAGCGAGGUUGCUGCCAUUGAUGUGAGCAUUGGAAAUAUUUACAUGUCUCUAGCUCGCUUUGAUGAGGCAGUCUUCUCAUACCAAAAGGCUCUUACUGUGUUCAAAGCAUCCAAGGGUGAUAACCAUCCUUUGGUCGCCUCGGUCUUCAUACGCCUCGCUGACUUGUAUCAUCGGACUGGAAAGCUCCGGGAGUCGAGAUCUUAUUGCGAAAAUGCAAUGAGGAUAUACUCAAAGCCUGUGCCUGGAACUUCACCCGAAGAAAUUGCUGGUGGGUUGACCGGAGUUUCAGCGAUUUACGAGUCUGUUGGUGAGGCCGAGGAGGCGUUGAAGCUCUUGCAGAAGGCUAUGAAGAUGUUGGAAGAUAACCCUGGACAGCAUAGCACAAUUGCCGGGAUAGAAGCACGGAUGGGAGUCAUGUUUUACUUGGUUGGAAGGUACGAAGAUGCAAGGAUCGCGUUUGAGAGUGCGAUAUCGAAACUUCGAGCCACCGGGGAGAGGAAAUCUGCGUUCUUUGGUGUCGUGUUGAAUCAAAUGGGAUUGGCCUGUGUGCAGUUGUUCAAGAUUGAUGAAGCUGUUGAGCUGUUUGAAGAAGCAAGAGGCAUUUUGGAGCAGGAGUGUGGCAAUUGUCAUCAAGAUACCAUUGGAGUUUAUAGCAACCUUGCUGCAACCUAUGAUGCUAUGGGAAGAGUCGAUGAUGCUAUUGAAAUAUUGGAAUCUGUUCUUAAGUUGAGAGAAGAGAAGCUCGGAAUUGCGAAUCCCGAUUUUGAGGAUGAAAAGCGGAGACUGGCUGAGCUACUGAAGGAAGCAGGCCGAACCCGAAACCGGAAAGCAAAGUCUCUGGAAAACCUCAUUGACCCGAACUCGAGGAAGACGAAGAAGGAGGCAACAAAGAAGUGGUCGAGCUUGGGAUUUAGAAUCUGAAUAGGAAAGUCUCUUCGAGAUCGAACUGCUUUACUGAUCCAACGUGCACAUUCUGUAACAUAUAAGAUCAUGUAUAGAGUUGAUUUAAUUUGUUCUGUUUAUGAACUGAACUCAUUUAUUGUUUUUCCUCUCUUCGUGCUGUUCAUUGUUUGAUUGAAUGAAUAUCUGUGUAAGGCUAAAACAUUGACCUUGAUUGAAUAAGAUUUUGGAAGAAUGUUUUCUCA